UACGUCACUUCCCUUCCGUAAUGGACAUCCGCACGUGUUGAACAAGUGUUUACAGUGCUUGUUAUUUCUUGGCUUUGGGUGGCACAUGCCAACAAAAAACACAAUUAUUGUCGCUACAUCUUCUGUGAAACUACCGCGAUGCCAAAAGUGAAGAAGUCCAGAGGCGGAGGUGGAGAGACGAGCGGGGCAGCGGUGGCGCUGGCUGACCAAAUCCUGCAGGCGGACACGGUGCGAGCCCGAGGCCGAGUCAAGAACAGAGACAGCCGGGCAGAAAACGAAGACAAGUACGUAGACGAGCGUCUGUCGCGGAAGAUCUUACAACAGGCCCGAAUUCAACAAGAGGAGCUUCAGACCGAAUAUGGCCUGGCACCAGAGAAGAAGAAAACACCAGUCACUGUUCUCGGUAAUGUUGGAGGGCCUGACACCCAGGAUGCAGACUCAGAUGAGGAGUGGCCAGCGCUGGGACAAGCAGGUGCUGGUGACGGUGACAUUGUGUGUGACACAGAAGUCGUCGUUGACCCUGAUGAUGAAAAGGCCAUGGAGAUGUUCAUGAAUAAAAACCCUCCGAUGAGACGGACUUUAGCUGAUAUCAUCAUGGAGAAGAUUACAGAGAAGCAGACUGAGGUCGGGACAGUGAUGUCAGAAGUGUCAGGGCGCCCGAUGCCUCAGCUCGACCCGAGGAUAAUAGAAGUGUACAGAGGUGUCAAUAAGGUUCUGUCAAGAUAUCGCAGUGGUAAAUUACCAAAGGCUUUUAAAAUAGUCCCAGCACUUGCAAACUGGGAGCAGGUUCUCUAUUUGACAGAGCCUGAGACCUGGACAGCAGCCGCCAUGUACCAAGCAACAAGAAUCUUCUCGUCCAAUCUGAAAGAGCGAAUGGCCCAGAGGUUUUACAACUUGGUGCUGCUGCCCCGAGUACGGGACGAUAUUGCGGAGUACAAGCGACUCAACUUUCAUCUCUACAGUGCUCUGAAGAAGGCCUUGUUCAAACCAGGAGCAUGGUUUAAAGGUAUACUGAUUCCUCUGUGUGAAUCUGGGACAUGUACUCUUAGGGAAGCCAUCAUCAUCGGGAGCAUACUCACAAAGUGCUCCAUCCCUGUGCUCCACUCCAGCGCUGCAAUGCUUAAGUUGGCAGAGAUGGAGUACAACGGCGCCAACAGCAUUUUCCUGCGCCUCUUGCUCGACAAGAAGUACGCCCUGCCUUUCCGUGUACUAGAUGCCUUGGUGGCCCACUUCCUGUCCUUCCGCAAUGAAAAACGUGUGCUUCCUGUGCUGUGGCAUCAGAGUCUACUCACCCUGGCUCAGCGCUACAAGGCUGACCUGGCCUCUGAACAGAAGACGGCACUGCUGGAGCUGCUCAGGAUCCAAACGCACCCUCAGAUCUCUGCAGAGAUUCGCAGAGAACUGCAGAACUCAGAGUGCAGGGAUGUUGAAGUCGGGCUCCCUGUUACAGUUGAAAUGGACUGAGGAAUCACUCUGGUCUGGCGCCUCCUCCCUCUCUGAUGCAAAUGAUUUGUGGAUUCUUCAGAAUGAAGAAAAUAUUGUCUAAUCUAACUUUAUUCUUCCUGACCCACAAAUAGACAGUUUCAAAGAUGGCAGUGUCUCAGGAGAUGUAAUUCUGUUCCCUGCUCGGAUGAGUUUGCACAUUUGAAAAUGCACAUCACUAGUGAUAUAGAUGUUGUAAAUUCAUAUGAGGAACAUCUGAGCUUUUUUUACUGCAGCUACAGUGCAGUGAUUGCUUGGUAAUACACAGACUGGUAUUUUAUUUGGUUUAAAGCAGUUUUGUUGUUUUGGAGCAACAAUUUGGAUUAAAAAGGAAGUAAAUCCUGAAAAAGUUGGUCAGGGAUCAUGUGUUUCUUUCCAUUUUUCCAACUGCAAUACACAAGAUGAAUGGUAAACUCAUGUUAAAAGCGGUGUUUGUCUAUUUGCAGCCUGCCUUGGUAUCUUCAAUUGGGGAAUAAACGUUGAUACUGUUGGUAAACCAAA